AUGGCGCCGUCAGGUCCCAUUUCAACGCCGUUGACUACCCUCCUGGGUAUCCAGCAUCCCAUCUUGCUGGCUGGAAUGGCGCACACAGCAGGUGGCGAGCUUGCCGCUGCUGUUUCUAAUGCCGGUGGACUCGGUGUCAUCGGUGGCUUCCAGUACACGCCUGAGCAGCUGCGCGAGAUCAUCACCGAGAUGAAGGCCAACUUCAAGCAACCUAAUCUUCCUUUCGGUGUUGAUCUUGCCCUACCCCAAGUCGGGGGCAGUGCCCGAAAGACAAACCACGACUACACCCAUGGCAAGCUAAACGAGCUGGUUGACCUUAUUAUUGAGAGCGGUGCCUGCCUCUUUGUCAGUGCUGUCGGUGUUCCUGACAAGGAGGUCAUCGACAAGUUCCAUAAGAACGGAAUCCUGGUCAUGAACAUGGUUGGCCACCCUAAGCAUGCCGUUAAGGCUCUUGACCGUGGUGUAGAUAUCAUCUGCGGCCAGGGUACUGAAGGCGGUGGCCAUACCGGCGAUGUCGCCAACUCUGUCCUGAUCCCAGCCAUUGUCGAUGUUGCCCGUCGGUACAAGCCACCUAUGCUGAACGGCCAGACGGCUCUGGUCGUUGCUGCCGGUGGUAUUCACAACGGACGUGGCCUAGCUAGUUCUCUGAUGCAGGGUGCCGUCGGUGUCUGGGUUGGUACCAGAUUCGUGGCCUGUACCGAGGCUGCUAGCGCCCAAGAGCACAAGGAAGCUGUUGUAACCUGCGACUUCUCCGAGACCGACCGUACUUUGGUUCUUACCGGACGACCUUUGCGGGCCAGAAUGAACUCAUAUCUGAAGAGCUGGAGGGACAAGGGCAACGCUGCCCAGGAGCUUUGCAACAAGGGUAUAAUCCCCAUCGAGCACGAUUUCGAGAACGACGUCGAGGAUAUUGAAUUUCCUCAUCUCAUGGGCCAGGUCGCUGGUGCCAUUACCAAGAUUCAACCUGCCAAGGAGAUUGUCGACGAAAUGGUAGCUGAGGCCGUGGACCAGCUCAAGUUGGCAAACGUGUACCUAAACUCCAAGAGCAAGCUGUAA